CAGAGAUAGAGGGAUGGGAGAGGAGAAGGGAAACAGAUUGCUACAAAUCCAUCCCCCCAUUUUCACAAGAGCAGAGCAGACUUAAACUGUGAAAGCCAGCGCUUAGACCUUCCUCGUCCUCAUCAUCAUGCUGAGGAAGGGCUCAGAGAUGAUGGGAGACAGAGAGGUGUUGCUCGAUCUUGACUACGGGGGUGAAGCCCAAGUGACAGACGGCUAUGGGAGUCUGCAGAACGGGGGUUUCAUCCCACCAAGAUAUCUCUCAGCUGCAGCUGGUGAUGAGGAUGAUGAUGAUGACCCCAUCUGUAUUCACUGUGACCCGCCAAGUAAACAGCCACCACUAGGGAAUUACUUCAGAGAUGGAAAAACCAAAAUUGACUUUGUGUUGGUGUGGGAGGUUCGCUCUCGGAGAAAACGCCGUGGCAAGGGGAAGGGACGGACUGAACUGAGCAAUGAGGAGGGUGACACUGCUCUGCUGGCACAGUGGAGGGACAAAUUUGUCCAGAAUCUGCAGAUUGCUGGAUUGGUUAUGGAAAAGGAGGAAACAGCAAAUGAAAAGAAAACAGUUCAUUUUCUGAAGCUUAGUGCCCCCUGGGAUGUGUUGGUAUAUUACGCUGAGGAACUCUCCCUGAGAGCACCAUUGCAGGCACAGCCGACUCCAGACUUCAACACGUCUGCUCGGGUACUCAAGAGACUGUGUAUACCAAACAUAAUGGCGGAGUCUGUGCCAAACAGGCCACUGGACUAUUACACAUGUGCCUUUCGCAGAUCAAAGAUGAACAGAUUCCUUGGCUGUGACAACCAUGAAACUUACUUCACAAAUACACAAAGACACCGUAUUGUAUUUGAAAUUCUGGCUAGGACAUUGUACGGCAAAAGGAAAAGGGCUGAGGUUGGCGUAGCCAGGCUUCUAAAUGAAGGGGCGUACACAGCAGCUUUCCCCCUGCAUGAGGGCCCUUUUCAACUUCCAGAGUACGAGGUCUGUCCUGAUGAGCUGAACCAGAGGCAGGUUCUUUUCCACUACUGGGCCCGUUGGUCCAAAUGGUACAAAUACCAGCCCUUGGACCAUAUCAGAGAGUACUUUGGAGAGAAGAUUGCACUCUAUUUUGCCUGGCUAGGCUUUUACACAGCCUGGCUCCUGCCAGCAGCAGUGGUGGGAACCCUUGUCUUUGUGGCAGGAGUCAUGUCCAUGGGUACCAACACACCGGCUAAGGAGAUCUGUGAGAGUGGAGACAGCUACCUGAUGUGUCCUCUCUGUAAUACCUGCCAAACCUGGAACAUGUCAGACAUCUGCCCCAUGGCCAAGAUUGGCUACCUGUUUGACCACCCAGGAACGGUCGUCUUCAGUGUGUUCAUGUCCUUCUGGGCAGUCACUUUCCUUGAGUACUGGAAACGAAAGAUGGCCACCCUGGCCCAUCACUGGGACUGCAUGGACUUCCAUGAGGAAGAGGAGCGCCCCCGGCCGGAGUUUGCAGCCAUGGCCCCUGCUAUGGAACAGAACCCAGUUACGGGGGUGAAAGAACCCUACUUUCCAGAGAAGGCCAGGUUGUCCCGUAUGCUCACAGGCUCCAUGGUCAUUGUUAUUAUGCUGUGUGUGGUGAUGAUCUUCCUGGUGACGGUGAUCAUGUACCGUGGUAUCAUCAGCGUCAUGAUGUUCCAUACGGGGAGCCCCGUCCUGCGCACACAGGCAGGUAACAUAGCCAAUAUCUCCAGCUCUGUGGUGAAUCUGGGGCUCAUCCUGCUUAUGGGUCAGGUCUACACUGCGUUAGCCGAGCAGCUCACUAAAUGGGAGAUGCACAGGACCCAGACUGAGUAUGAAGACGCCUUCACCUUCAAGGUGUUCAUUUUCCAGUUUGUCAACUUCUACUCCUCUCCUUUCUAUGUGGCUUUCUUUAAGGGAAGGUUUGUGGGUUACCCUACCAACUACGGGACCUUGUUUGGGAUGAGAAAUGAAGACUGUGGCUCUGGCGGCUGUCUCAUUGAGCUGGCUGAACAACUCUUCAUCAUCAUGGUGGGGAAGCAGCUCAUCAGCAACGUUCAGGAGUUCAUCAUCCCUAAAGUGAAAGCCUGGCGCCAGAAGAGAGCGAUGGACAAAGUGCGGGGGGGUAAGGCAUCCCAUGAGCCUCGGCGCUGGGAGGAGGACUACCAGCUGGUGCAGUGUGAGGGCCUGUUUGAGGAGUAUCUAGAGAUGGUGCUCCAGUUUGGUUUCAUCACCAUCUUCGUGGCGGCGUUCCCCCUGGCUCCGCUCUUCGCCCUCCUCAACAACUGGGUGGAGGUUCGCCUGGACGCCCACAAGUUUGUGUGCGAGUACCGCCGGCCGGUGGCUGAGCGCGUCCAGAACAUCGGAGUCUGGUUCAACAUCCUGGAGGCUCUGUCGCACAUGUCCGUCAUCGCCAACGCUUUCCUAAUAGCGUUCACAUCAGAUUUCUUACCUCGCUUGCUGUACCAGUACAAGUUCGAUUACGACCUGAGGGGAUAUGUCAACUUCACCUUGGCUUACGCUCCAGUUAACUACACCGUGCAUCCCAUGUGCAGAUAUAAAGCCUUCAGAGACGACAAUGGAAACUACACGCUGAUUUACUGGGAGCUCCUUGCUGUCAGACUCGGCUUUAUCAUUGCUUUUGAGCAUGUGGUGUUCUUUGUGCUGCGAGCCAUAGACUGGAUGGUGCCUGACAUCCCCGAGUCCCUGGAGCUGAAGAUCAAGAGGGAGCGCUACCUGGCCAAGCAGGCCCUUGCUGAAAACCAGGAGGCCCUGUUGCAAGCGACGCGUCCUUGAGCAACAUGAGUUAGGACUGCAGUGCAGAAGAGGAGCAGUGGGAGGGACAGUGGAGAGAUAAUAGACACUCCUUUGCAUUUGGGAUAGCAUUAGUGAACUUUUUUCCUCGGUGGAAUGCUGUUUUUGCUAUGGGACAGUGGAAGAGUAUUCAGUUAUAUCUUUAUUGCUGCACACAGGUUAUGGUGAGCAGGGUAAACUCACCCUAAAUUCAUUUUACCCAUAACCACCUUUUUAGGUUGGCAUAAAUUCAUACUGUAGUAGAUAGCAUCAAACUGAUGGUAUGCAUUUUUAAAAGGAAUUCACCUCUGUUUAGAUUUUAGUGGUUGGUUGUUUUAUGGUGACCACUGACUUGAGGCCUUUGUUUACCCACCGAUUCGUUUACCACCAGACAACAAGUAGCCGUACUGUGU